AGAAACUAUGUGUUACAGCUGAAAGAGCCCUUACCUGUAACUUCUCUUUUCCACAGGUGCCCCUGGUUGACAAAAGCAAUCUCCCCAGCCAUCCCAGUGUACAAUGGGCUCGUGUUCUUGUUUGUGCUGGCAAACUUCAGCAUGGCAACUUUCAUGGACCCUGGAGUUUUCCCAAGAGCAGAUGAAGAUGAAGAUAAAGACGAUGACUUCCGAGCUCCACUCUACAAGAAUGUGGAGAUUAAAGGAAUCCAAGUACGGAUGAAAUGGUGUGCCACCUGCCACUUCUACCGUCCCCCUCGCUGCUCUCACUGCAGUGUCUGUGACAACUGUGUUGAGGAUUUUGACCAUCACUGCCCAUGGGUCAACAAUUGCAUAGGACGGAGGAACUACCGCUAUUUUUUUCUCUUCUUGCUGUCCUUAAGUACGCACAUGGUUGGAGUAUUCACCUUUGGGCUCAUCUUCGUACUAAACCAUAUGGAAAAGCUGGGAGCAGCUCAUACGACCAUUACAAUGGCCGUCAUGUGUGUGGCUGGAUUAUUCUUUAUUCCAGUCAUUGGUCUCACUGGCUUCCAUAUUGUUCUAGUGGCCCGAGGGCGCACAACGAAUGAACAGGUAACAGGUAAAUUCCGUGGGGGAGUGAAUCCUUUUACCCGAGGAUGCUGCGGAAACGUGGAACAUGUGCUCUGCAGCCCCUUGGCUCCCAGGUACAUAGUUGAGCCUAAGAAAAAGCAAGCUGUGAGUGUGAAGCCUCCUUUCCUCAGACCUGAUUUAUCUGAGCGACAGAUCACAGUGAAGAUCAGUGACAAUGGGAUCCAAGCCAACCUCAACCGGAGCAAGUCUAAAAUUAGCCUGGAAGGUCUGGACGAUAAAAGUAUGGAUCUGCAGCCACCUCUCCCACCCAAAGGAGAUCCAAGCAAGUACUCUGAGCUAAAAGGGCAGCUGGGGACCAGUGAAGAAGGUGGCCUUUCACCCAAACUUAUCAGCCCUCCUACACCUGCCAUGUACAAGUAUCGACCAGCUUUCAGCAACAAUCCCAAAGUCCACUACCAUGCUACGGCUGAGCAGAUCACCAUGCAAGAGGGACACAGUCAAGGGGCUCUGAUAGAAGAGGAUGACAGGAGCCUUGAUUAUCAGUCUGAACCCAGCUUGGACAUCCCCAGCUACCGGAAGAGCUCCCUCCACAAGACUUAUCAGUCUUCCCCACUCCAGAUAGAUUCCUUUGCCAUCAAUUCACGAUCCCUGAGCCUGAAAUCUGCUGGCAGGAGAGGGACAGACAAAGUGCCCCUUCAACCAAUAAAGUCUGAAGGGGCAGCUUCCACCCCUUACAAAAGCAUCUUUUCUCCCAAUUCCCUGUCAAACAGAAAUGGGAGUCUUUCAUAUGACAGUUUGCUAAACCCCAUGUCGCCCUCGGGGAGGAAGUGCAUCGCCCAUUCUGCAGUCAGCUCCGUUGGGUACCACUCCCCAUAUUUAUCAGCCAAAAUGUGCCAUCUACGGGGGAGCGAGCUGCAACGCCAACCACUGCAGAGCUUCAGCCCAGUGCUCGGGGGUCCAGCUCCACAUCAGCGAGAUCCCUCCCCAGUCCGCUAUGAUAACCUUUCCAAAACCAUUAUGGCAUCCAUCCAGGAGAGGAAAGAGAUGGAAGAGAGGGAGAAGCUCCUUCACUCGCACCCUGAUUCGGUGUUUGCAGACUCAGGUGUCUAUGACACCCCUAGCUCUUACAGCCUUCAGCAAGUCAGCACACUCUCUGAAGACCCACGGAGCAUGGCAAUGAGAUACGGAUCUAGAGACAAUCUGAUGGCUGCUACCAGUUUUAGCACAAGGAACCCUAUACUGCAGUCCUCAGUGUCUUCACUCUCAAGUGCAAUGACAAGAGCACCAAGGACUUCCACAACCUCUCUGCAAGCUGAUUUAGCCAAUAAUAACGUCCAGUCCCAUCAAGCACUACAGGGCAGGGUGAGCAAUGGGUCCUACAAAUCCCCAGGCCACCAGGUCCCAUCGUCCCCCACAGGGAUGCCUAGGUCACCCUCUUACGGAGGCCCGAAGGCUGUCUCAUUUGUAAACACUGUGGAAAUUACAGAGGUGCAAUCAGUGGGAGCACAAAGGGAUGACAUGCAGUUGAAGACACCUCACAGUAAAAUAAACGGACAGCCAAAAGGAAUAUCCAGGUUGGGUUCAACAUCAAGUUCCCAGGGGACACCUGUCAGCCCUGCUAGACACUCAAAUGUUAAGAAGGUCUCUGGAGUUGGUGGAACAACCUAUGAAAUUUCAGUGUAA